AGUCUGGAAGCAGCAAGUCACUAACUGUUUGACUCAUGGACCACAGCUCCAAACUCUGCUCCAUUCCUGUGACCCUUGGCCUGGCUCUUGACUCUCUGGAAUCCUUCUCCCUGCAUCAUUUCAGCAUCCAGUACUCUCCAAGCUCUUUUGAGGACAAACUGGGAGGAUAAACAAAGCCACAGAAAUCCACCUGCCCUUGGAAGGGAGCACAAGCAACACAGAGACACAUGAAAGGCCUCCGAGCAGGAAGGCGUAUGAAGUGAUGACGGAUGAGGGUCCUCGGAGUGCGUGCAGAGUGCAUUUUCAUGACCAGUGUGUGUUUGUAACCAUGCUUCAGAAGAUUUACUUUUUGAAGAGGAGACCAGCUUCGAGGAACGGAGAAGACCAUUGAGCCGGCGUAGAACACCGGACCCUCUGGCAAACUUCCCAGUUUCAUUUUAGAACUCUCUGGGAUUGCAGAUUUGAAAGGAGCUCGGUCCGACUCCUUUGUUCGAUGCAGGAGUUUCUCCAUGCUGAGAAGUUAUUGCUGUGGGAUCAGGCAGGGAUGAAGACGGUGAAACAAGAGGCAGCAGGCCACAAAGCAGGGGAAAGAUCACAGAGGGUCGAAAAAGCCUCUAAUGACAACUCAGCAGAAAGAAAAUGCCCGCAAAGGAUGCUGACCCAGCAUCAGGUUAAACUGGAACCAGGCGAAGGGCUCGUUCGUCAUUGGGAGACCCAGUGGCAGGACUUCCUGAAAACCAUGGAGGGCCCUCACUCAGGAUGGGCCAUUCCUCAGUUGCCAGAAGAGCCCAUCACUCCGUGGGACGACGCCAAGGCCUUUCUGGCCUCCUUUGAGCAAGUGGCCAGAGCCUGCCACUGGCCGAGAGAAGAGUGGGCGACCCGACUCCUGCCGGCCCUCAGCGGGAAAGCUGAACAGGCCUUUCGCCAGCUGGAUGUCAGCGACAGGGAGGAUUAUGGGAAGGUGAAGGCAGCCAUCUUGCGAGGGGACGCCAUCAGCAGGGAGGAGCGGCGGCAACACUUCCGACGUUUCUGCUACCAGGAAGCUGAUGGACCGAGAGGGGCUCACUGCAGGCUCCAAGAACUCUGCCACGGGUGGUUAAAAGUUGAUAGGCACACCAAGGAGCAGAUCUUGGAACUGCUGGUCCUGGAGCAGUUCCUGGCUGUCCUGCCCCCAGAGAUCCAGAGCGCAGUCAGGGAAGUUGGGCCAGAGACCUGCUCCCAGGCAGUGGCCUUGGCAGAAGAUUUCCUCCAAACGCAAAGAGAAGCAGAGCAGGUAGCGAACCAGGUGCCGUUUGAGGAGGCAGCGGUGAAAUUCCCUGAGGCUGGCCAGGCACCAUUUGAGAUGGAGCAGAGGCAACUGUGCAUGGAGGCCAAACUGGCCGAGGACAGAACUGCCCGGCUUGCAGCAGCUAAAAGAUGGAUGAGUGCUCAUGAUGAGGAGAAAUGCAUGCUGGGAGAUUCAGAAAAUGCAGGACCGAUGGAGGUGGUGCCUGACCAAGAGGAAGAGAAUGUUUCCUCAGGCAGCGAGACAGAAAAUGCCCCUGAGGGUCAUGAAUGGCAGAGUGAAGUCCACCCAGGAGAAGGGGUGGAUGAAUCAGGUUCUUGUGAGGAUUUUGGGGAAAGUACAGACCUACAGGCUGCCUGUUCUGGCAAGAAGCAAAACUCGUAUAGAGUUUGUGGCAAAAGCCUUAUUAUGAAUCAGAGAACACACGCUGGAGGCAAGCCACAAAACAAAUGCUUGAUUUGUGGGAAAUCUUUCUUGUACAGCUCUGAUCUCAUCAUUCACAAUGGAAUCCACACCGGCGAGAGACCCUACGAGUGCCCCGACUGCGGCAAGAGAUUCAGCCGCGGCUCAGACCGUAACCGCCAUCAGAGGAUCCACACGCAAGAGAAACUGUACAAGUGCCUUGUCUGUGGAAAAUGUUUCCUCUACAGCUCGGAUCUCAUCAUCCAUCAGAGAAUCCACACCGGCGAGAGACCGUAUGAGUGCCUGGAUUGUGGGAAGAGGUUCAGUUGCAGCUCAGAUCGUAACCGCCACCAGCGGAUCCACACAGGGGAGAAGCCAUACGUGUGCUUGGACUGCGGGAAACGGUUCAGCCAAAAGGUUCACCUGAACAGGCAUUGUAGAAUCCAUGUGGGAGAGAAAUCAUACAAGUGCCCAGAGUAUGGGGAAAGCUUCAGCGUGAGCUGAAACUUUAUUGCAUGUUUCAAAAUAAGCACAUUUUUGUUCCAAGUGUUUUGUACGUUAAUUCCAUUAGGUACAUUUUCUAGGCUGGUUGUACCCCCAGCCUUGUCCAAGGUAGUUAUGAUUUUAUGCAUCUUUUGCCCUCUGCUUAGUAAAGAGAGGGAUAAACUGAAAUUCUCUUCUGAAAA